GUUUUUGGAAAAGUCCAGGCGAAGCUUCCAUCCGAGAGAAGGGGGUGGCGGAGCUGGGGGCUGUGCAGGAGAGAAAAACCCGCCUCUAGCGAGAAGAGCGAGGAAGAAGGGGGUGGAAAGGCCCCGAGUUCCGCUUCCUGAACGGCGGGUGGGUCGAGAAGGUUGGCGCGGGCAAAGCCAAGGAGACGCGCGGCUGGGGACCUGCGCGCGACCUGCCAGCGCCACGGGCCAUGGCCGGAGAACGGACCCGCAGGUUCACUCGGAGCCUGCUGCGACCCGGGCAGGCGGCCGAGCUCCGGCACAGCGCCGCGUCCGCCGCCGCGGUGGCCGUCAGCAACCGGCUGCAGCAGCGGCAGGAAAAACCCAGGCUUCUUGAACCUUUGGAUUAUGAAACUGUCAUUGAAGAGCUUGAGAAGACCUAUCGGGAUCAUCCCAUUCAAGAUCUUCUCUUCUUCCCCAAGGAUGACUUUUCAACUGCCACAGUGUCUUGGGAUAUCCGAACAUUAUAUUCAACAGUGCCUGAAGAUGCUGAGUGCAAGGCAGAAAAUCUACUGGUAAAAGAGGCUUGUAAAUUUUAUAGCUCCCAGUGGUAUGUAGUAAACUACAAAUAUGAACAGUAUUCUGGAGACAUUCGGCAGUUACCCAGACCGGAAUACAAACCAGAGAAACUUCCUUCACAUUCCUUUGAAGUUGACCAUGAAGAUGCCGAUAAAGAUGAAGAUACCACUUCCCACUCCUCGUCCAAGGGCGGCGGGGGACCAGGAGGGACUGGAGUGUUCAAGUCUGGCUGGCUGUACAAGGGAAACUUCAACAGCUCUGUCAACAACACUGUCACUGUUCGGUCCUUCAAGAAGCGCUUCUUCCAGCUGACGCAGCUACCGGAUAACUCCUAUAUCAUGAAUUUUUACAAAGAUGAAAAAAUAUCCAAAGAACCCAAAGGCUGCAUCUUUUUGGAUUCCUGUACAGGUGUGGUACAGAAUAACAGGCUAAGAAAAUAUGCCUUUGAAUUGAAAAUGAAUGACCUGACCUAUUUUGUGCUGGCAGCUGAAACAGAAUCAGAUAUGGAUGAAUGGAUUCAUACCCUCAACCGAAUCUUGCAAAUCAGUCCUGAGGGGCUGCUUCAGGGAAGGAAGAGUACAGAGCUCACAGAUCUGGGGCUGGAUUCACUGGAUAAUUCUGUAACUUGUGAAUGCACACCAGAGGAAACAGAUUCUCCAGAGAACAGCCUAUAUCCUGACUUCACAAAAUACCUCACAGAAACUGAAGAGACUGUCAGAACAACUAGAAACAUGGAAAGGCUAAAUCUAUUCUCACUGGAUCCAGAUAUAGAUACUUUUGAAAUUUCAAAACAAGGAUCUUUUGGAAUCGAUUUUGUGAUCAAACCAUUGAAGAAAAAGCAGCCAAGAGAAUCAUGAUCAUAUUGUAAAACAUUGAACUUUAGUCUUCAGGGAUGCGUUGCAGAAAAUGAGAAUGAUCCAAUAACAAAUAUUGAGCCUUUUUUUGUGAGUGUAGCACUCUAUGACCUCAGAGACAGCAGGAAGAUUUCUGCGGAUUUCCACGUGGAUCUGAACCACACAGCUGUCAGACAGAUGCUUUCAGGGGUUUCUGUAGCUUUGGAAAAUGGGAAUAUCGACAAUGUCAGCCCCCGACAAUCAGAAGAACCUCAUGUGAAAGGAUUUCCAGAGGAAUGGCUGAAGUUUCCAAAACAGGCUAUCUUUUCUAUAAGCAACCCACAUUCUGAAAUUGUUCUGGUGGCUAAAAUAGAAAAAGUGUUGAUGGGAAGCAUUGCCAGUGGUGCUGAACCUUAUAUCAAGAAUCCAGACUCCAACAAGUAUGCACAAAAGUUAUUGAAGUCAAAUAGACAGUUCUGCAGCAAGUUGGGAAAAUACCGUAUGCCAUUUGCUUGGGCAGUAAGAUCAGUAUUUAAGGAUAACCAGGGAACUCUCGACAGAGACUCAAGAUUUUCUCCACUGUAUAGACAAGAAAGUAGCAAGAUUUCAGCAGAGGACCUACUUAAACUAGUGUCAGAUUAUAGAAGGGCUGACAGAGUAAGCAAGGUACAGAUCAUCCCUGGAAACCUGGACAUUGCUGUUGACACCAUACCUAUGGAUCAUCCAAACUGUGUGACAUCAUCCUUUAUCCCUGUCAAGCCAUUCAAUGUGACUGCUCAACCAGAACCCACAGUGGAGGUGGAAGAAUUUAUUUAUGACUCAACCAAGUUUUGCCGUCCCUAUAGAGUAUACAAAAAUCAAAUUUACAUUUAUCCGAAACAUCUCAAGUAUGACAGUCAGAAAUGUUUCAACAAGGCACGAAAUAUAACUGUAUGCAUUGAAUUCAAAAAUUCUGAUGAAGAAGGUGCCAAGCCCCUAAAGUGUAUUUACGGAAAACCUGGGGGACCCCUGUUCACCUCAGCUGCCUACACUGCAGUCCUACACCAUUCCCAGAACCCAGAUUUUUAUGAUGAGGUGAAAAUCGAGCUGCCAACACAAAUCCAUGAGAAACACCAUAUUUUGUUCUCUUUUUAUCAUGUCACCUGUGACAUUAAUGCAAAAGCUAAUGCCAAAAAGAAGGAGGCUCUAGAAACAUCAGUUGGGUAUGCUUGGCUUCCUCUGAUGAAACAUGAUCGAAUAGCCUCUCAAGAGUACAGUAUCCCAAUAGCAACCAGCCUGCCCCCAAACUAUUUAAGCCUUCAAGAUACUGCGACUGGGAAGCAUGCUGGAGGUGACAUUAAAUGGGUUGACAGUGGAAAACCACUUUUCAAAGUAUCAACAUUUGUUGUAUCAACAGUGAAUACUCAGGAUCCACAUGUGAAUGCCUUUUUCCGGCAGUGCCAAAAAAGAGAGAAAGAUAUGUCUCAAUCACCUACCUCAAAUUUCAUCCGAUCUUGUAAGAAUUUAUUGAAUGUGGAAAAGAUUCAAGCAAUCAUGAGCUUUCUACCUAUAAUCUUGAAUCAGCUCUUCAAGGUCCUCGUACAGAAUGAAGAAGAUGAAAUAAGCACUACUGUGACCAGGGUUUUGACAGACAUUGUGGCCAAGUGCCAUGAGGAACAGCUGGAACACUCCGUCCAGUCUUACAUUAAGUUCGUGUUCAAGACCAGAACAUGCAAAGAGAGGACUAUCCAUGAGGAACUGGCUAAAAAUUUGAUUGGUCUAUUAAAAUCAAAUGAGUCAACAACAGUCAAGCAUGUCUUAAAGCACUCCUGGUUCUUCUUUGCAAUUAUCCUAAAAUCAAUGGCACAGCACUUGAUUGACACAAAUAAAAUUCAGCUUUCUAGGGCUCAAAGAUUUCCUGAAUCUUUUCAAACUGAAGUAGACAAUCUUGUAAUGGUUCUGUCUGAUCAUGUGAUUUGGAAAUAUAAAGAUGCACUUGAAGAAACAAAAAGAGCCAACCACAGCGUUGCUAGAUUCCUCAAGCGGUGCUUUACGUUCAUGGACCGGGGCUUCGUGUUUAAGAUGGUCAACAACUACAUCAGCAUGUUCUCUUCUGGUGAUCUCAAGACCUUAUGCCAAUAUAAAUUUGAUUUUCUUCAAGAAGUAUGUCAACAUGAACACUUUAUUCCUUUGUGUCUCCCCAUAAGAUCAGCAUACAUUCCAGAUCCUUUGACACCUUCAGAAUCAACUCAAGAAUUACAUGCGUCAGAUAUGCCUGAAUAUUCCGUCACAAAUGAGUUUUGUCGCAAGCACUUCUUAAUUGGAAUUCUGCUCCGAGAAGUUGGCUUUGCACUGCAGGAAGAUCAAGAUAUAAGACACUUAGCUUUGGCUGUUCUAAAAAAUCUAAUGGCUAAGCAUUCAUUUGAUGAUCGAUACAGAGAACCAGGAAAACAGGCACAGAUAGCAAGUCUAUACAUGCCUCUCUAUGGCAUGCUUCUGGACAAUAUGCCAAGAAUUUACCUGAAGGACCUGUAUCCUUUUACUAUCAAUACAUCUAAUCAAGGGUCUAGAGAUGACCUCAGUACCAAUGGAGGAUUUCAUACCCAGUCAACUAUGAAACAUGCAAACUCAGUGGAUACGUCAUUUUCUAAAGAUGUUCUAAAUUCCAUAGCAGCAUUUUCAUCAAUAGCUAUUUCUACAGUAAACCAUGCUGAGUCCAGAGCAUCAUUAGCAAGUCUUGACUCCAACCCAAGUACCAAUGAGAAGAGCAGCGAGAAGACCGAUAACUGUGAAAAAAUCCCAAGACCUUUGUCUUUGAUAGGCUCAACUCUUCGCUUUGACAAAUUAGAUCAAGCAGAAACCAGGAGUCUUCUUAUGUGCUUUCUUCACAUUAUGAAAACCAUUUCGGAAGAAACUCUGAUUGCUUAUUGGCAAAGAGCACCAAGCCCAGAGGUGUCUGACUUCUUCAGCAUUUUGGAUGUUUGUCUCCAAAAUUUCAGAUACCUAGGAAAACGCAAUAUAAUAAGGAAAAUUGCUGCCGCAUUUAAAUUUGUGCAAUCUACCCAGAACAAUGGAACACUCAAAGGAUCAAAUCCUUCCUGCCAAACAUCAGGCCUCUUGCCACAAUGGAUGCAUACCACAUCCGGUCAAGAAGGACACAAGCAUCACAGAUCCCAAACUUUACCUAUAAUUCGAGGCAAAAAUGCACUUUCAAACCCCAAACUCUUACAGAUGUUAGACAAUACCAUGACCAACAACUCCAAUGAAAUAGACAUUGUACACCAUGUGGACACAGAGGCCAAUAUAGCUACAGAGGUUUGCCUCACUAUUCUAGAUCUUUUGUCCCUCUUCACUCAGAUUCACCAGAGACAGAUGCAGCAGUCUGAGUGUCAAAAUUCAACGAUGAAAAGGGUCUUUGACACCUACAUGCUCUUCUUCCAAGUUAACCAGUCGGCCACAGCUCUGAAGCAUGUAUUUGCAUCCCUGAGACUGUUUGUAUGCAAGUUUCCUUCAGCAUUCUUUCAAGGGCCUGCUGACCUCUGUGGAUCCUUCUGCUAUGAAGUCCUAAAAUGUUGCAACCACAGAUCACGCUUAACUCAGACAGAGGCAUCAGCACUCCUGUACUUUUUCAUGAGGAAGAACUUUGAAUUUAAUAAGCAGAAGUCAAUUGUUCGAUCCCACUUACAACUCAUUAAGGCUGUAAGUCAAUUAAUCGCUGAUGCUGGGAUUGGUGGUUCUCGGUUUCAACAUUCUCUUGCAAUCGCCAACAAUUUUGCCAAUGGAGACAAACAAAUGAAAAACAGCAACUUCCCAGCAGAAGUGAAAGACUUGACUAAACGUAUAAGGACAGUUUUGAUGGCCACAGCUCAGAUGAAGGAGCAUGAGAAGGACCCUGAGAUGCUAGUGGAUCUCCAGUAUAGCCUAGCAAACUCAUAUGCAAGCACCCCUGAGCUCAGAAGAACCUGGCUAGAAAGCAUGGCCAAGAUUCAUGCAAGAAAUGGAGACUUAUCUGAGGCUGCCAUGUGUUACAUCCAUAUUGCUGCCCUCAUUGCAGAGUACCUGAAAAGAAAGGGCAUGUUCUCUAUGGGCUGGCCAGCUUUUCUGAGCAUUACCCCAAAUAUUAAAGAAGAAGGUGCAAUGAAAGAAGAUUCUGGAAUGCAAGAUACACCAUAUAAUGAGCAUAUCCUGGUAGAGCAGCUGUACAUGUGUGUGGAGUUUCUCUGGAAAUCUGAGCGAUACGAACUCAUCGCUGAUGUCAAUAAGCCCAUCAUCGCUGUCUUCGAGAAGCAAAGAGACUUCAAGAAACUAUCUGAUCUGUACUAUGACAUUCAUCGGUCUUACCUAAAAGUGGCAGAAGUGGUGAACUCAGAGAAGAGGUUGUUUGGUCGCUACUAUCGUGUUGCAUUUUAUGGACAGGGAUUUUUUGAAGAAGAAGAAGGUAAAGAGUAUAUUUAUAAAGAGCCUAAACUGACAGGUCUCUCUGAGAUUUCCCAAAGAUUACUCAAGCUCUAUGCAGAUAAAUUUGGAGCAGAUAAUGUGAAAAUAAUCCAGGAUUCUAACAAGGUAAACCCCAAGGAUUUGGACCCCAAGUUUGCCUACAUCCAGGUGACCUAUGUCACACCAUUCUUUGAGGAAAAGGAAAUCGAGGAGCGGAAGACAGAUUUUGAAAUGCAUCACAACAUCAACCGCUUUGUCUUUGAGACGCCUUUCACUCUGUCUGGCAAGAAACAUGGUGGUGUGGAGGAGCAAUGCAAGCGGAGAACCAUCCUGACAACAAGCCACUUGUUCCCCUACGUGAAGAAAAGAAUACAGGUCAUAAGCCAAUCCAGCACAGAACUGAAUCCUAUUGAAGUGGCCAUUGAUGAGAUGUCCAAGAAGGUGUCUGAACUCAACCAACUCUGCACCAUGGAGGACGUGGAUAUGAUCAGACUGCAGCUCAAGCUUCAGGGAAGUGUCGGAGUGAAGGUAAAUGCUGGACCAAUGGCCUAUGCACGAGCUUUUCUAGAAGAAUCUAAUGCAAAAAAAUACCCUGACAACCAAGUCAAGCUUUUGAAGGAAAUCUUCAGGCAAUUUGCAGAUGCAUGUGGGCAGGCCCUGGAUGUGAAUGAGCGCCUUAUCAAGGAAGACCAGUUGGAAUACCAGGAAGAACUGAGGUCCCAUUAUAAGGAUAUGCUCAGCGAGCUCUCAGCAGUCAUGAAUGAGCAGAUUACAUACCGGGACGACCCAUCAAAACACGGAGUGGAGCAAACUUGCACUCGAGCCAUUAACCAGCCAACCUCCGCAUCCACCAUGCCCACCAUCUCCUCCAGUGCUGAAACUUGAAGCCAGGUCUGCAGCAUCACACACAUCUAAGAGAAUUUCCUGGAUCUGCUGCUCGCCUCAAGGAAGAGAACAAAAUUUAAUUUAUUUGAAGUUUUUAUGGUGUUAAUAUAUUUUUGUUACCUCGCUAGCUUGAGAAUUUUGCCAGCCUCCCAGAUUUGCACAUUUCUAUGUUUUUUCUUUAAAUAGCAUUGAUCAACCCAAGAUGAAUAUUUACUAUGUAAUUCCCAUGAAUGUGUGGCUCAAAAGCAAACCAAAGUUUGCUAGCAGUUACAUUAUGUUCAAGCCAAUUCCUAGCACUUGCAUUUUAAAGGUCAAAGUGAAUGUUUUUGUAACAUUUAAGCAUAUUUGAGAUGUAAAUAGAAUAUUGUAAAAUAUAUGGUUUUUACCAAAUUUAAAAGAACCUUUUUAGUUAGUACUUAUGAAAAUGCUAAAAUUAUAUGAGUAACAUUUCAGAUACCAUUAUAUUAAAAUAUUUGUGUAUGUGUACAAAAGUGUUGAUAAAAAUUAAUCUUUAAAGUUUGUGGAAUACCCUUAUUUGUAAUAUAUGUGCUUUUGAAAAGCAAUUGGAUGUGAAAUUAUGGAAGUAUUUUGUUGUUAGAAAUAAAAUAUGGUUACUUUGCA